GAUACAUUUGCUACAUUUCUACUAGGUUGAAAAAGAAUUUCAAUUCUUGAUCAGUUCUUAUUUCAGUUUGUUGUUAGAAUUAUGACUACAUUUUCAUCAAAAUGUUUCAAAAUUUUUUUGUCUUCGGUAAACAAACUUAUGUAUUACAACAAAUAAUAUCUGUAAUUUAAAUCUUCAUACAUAAUACCCAGUCAAAUAGUUUUUAAUUAAGAAUACAACAAAAAGUCUCUAUCUCUGAAGCAUCCAUUUCCUAUAAAUAUUCAGUAUUGUUUACAAUUUUAUCGGAUAAGUGACAAAUGACAUAUGAGUUCUUUAUCAACCUGAUAGUGAAGUGAUUCGUUUACAUGUUUUCUAUGUUGAGGCUUAAAUUUUACUAAAUUAUUAUCACUACACAUUUUUCAUCCUAUAUUCCCAUUAAUAUUGCAUAAUUUAUAGAAGAUACUAAACAUGAUGCAUGUGAAUCAUUAACAACAUCAACAAGGCAUUUCGAUGGCCAAUAUUGAUAUGACCUGGCCAACAACAAUAGUUACUUUAUCUGGUGAAAAAACAGUGUUUGGUCAACGUAGUAAUAGUAUAACAGAGAAAUCAUCUAAUGACAAUAUACAAAAAACAAUCAAUUCAUCUAUUCAACAUGAUAUUGAAAACUUAAACUUAAAUCAUUUGAAUGAAGAUGAACGUCAAAAGGUUUUAUGUGUAGUAAAAAAAGACUUUGAAGUACGUGCUAAAGAACGAGAAAGAUUGAACCGAUUUCGUUCAAGUAUUUUAAGACGAGAUAGAGAAUUGGCUGUUAAAAGUUUAACAUCAACUACUGAAAGUACAUCUUGUUUAUUAUGUGGACGUGCAUUUAUACCUUUGAUUAAUCCUAAACAUAUAUGUUUCAAUUGUCAACGUGAAAUUUGCCGAAAUUGUUCAGAAUCUAUGAAUAAAUACGAUGAAUUCUUAUGUAGAAUGUGUUUAAAAGAGAAAAAUUAUCGUGCAAUGACAUGUAAUUGGUUUUACGAGACAGUAAUUCAACGAUUCAGAGAAUUCGGAAGUACAACUGUUGCUAAAAGUUUAUUUGGAUCAACGUACAAACAAGUUCAAAAUAUGGCUGAAGAAGAACUUUGGAAUCUUUUAUUUCGAUCUUCAUCAUCCAAAAGAAACUCUAUCGAAUCGAAAGAAUCAGACAAAAAUCGAUUAGAAAAAUUAAUGGAAGAAACUUUAUCUGAAUUAAAUGCUGUUGAAAAAAAUGAUUCAUUAUCACCAAGACAAAUCACUUGGCAACAUGAAAGCGUGGGCAUGAAGUUUAAAAAGAACGCCUGUCGUGAAAUGAGAAAUUUCAUUCAAAUUCUCUACAUAACAACUGAAAAGGAACGAAUGAGUCAAGGUAUGAACACUAAGAAUAUUACUCCAUACGUAAUGGAUACUUUAGAAGGUGAAAUUGGUCGAAUAGUUGGAUAUAGUGUGAAGGGUGUUACAGAUACAAACAGUUUGGCUGGUGAAGAUGAUAAAGAAUCCGUUACAAUGGUUGAUCGUGAUGGUGUAGAAGGACGAUUGGCUGAAAUUCUUUUCAAUAAACUCUAUUCCGACAUUAAUUCUACGAAACAAGAGACUGUUAAAAAGAUUUCAUUUCAAACAUCUAAUCCCAUAGUAACUAAUACAAAUUUCAAUAAAUCAUCUUACAAUUUCAUGAAUCAAUCAAAUCAAAAAGAUGAACUCCAUGUAACAGAAGGUUUUCCAAUUCGAAUGGAAUAUUCUUUACCAUAUAAUGAACAAUGCGAACUUCAAUGGUAUAAAUUAAACAAUAAAAAUCAACGAGUCCCAGUCAAACUUGAUUUUCGUAUUGAACAUGUUAUCACUGGUGCAAUUCAUAUGUCAUUCAAACAACAUCAACAAUUAAAUCAUCAAUAUCCAAAACAUCCAUUUGUUUUGUCAAAUUCAGGUUUGAUUACAAGUGAAACAAAACAAAAGUUGAAUCAAUGGAAAUGUAAAUUAUUAGAAUCUGAAUCAAAUACUAAUGUCAAUAAUAAUAAUAAUAAUAAUAAUAAUAAUAAUAAUAAUAAUAAUGGUAAUGAAAUCAUCUACCUACAACAUCAUCUCAUCAUAUGGGCAAGUAAACCUGAUGACGCUGGAAGAUAUUUUGCAUCAAAUCAAUAUCCAUCGAAUACAGAUGGUAUAUCAUCAACCGAAGAGAAGGAAUUUAUACUACAAGUAAUAAAAUCCAAUCAAUCAUCAGGCAGUCCACAAUGUUCACCAGAAUUUAUUGAACCUCUUUUAGUACAACCAAUGAGCAGUGCUACUAGUGAUCCUUUUAUUGAAAUGACAUGUAUAGUGACAGGCAAUCCUAUACCAAGAUGUUUAUUAUACCGAAAUUCAGUACCUAUCCCAGUGGUUGUAAUGCCUUUUCUCAAAAUCGAACCUAAUGAUCCACUAUCUACAUUGAGUUCUUUAACGCAAAAAUACACUGUCACAACAUCAUUAUUUGAUUUAAACAAAUCAGAUCGAUCAAACAGUUAUACAAGAAAGAUUACACUACGUCUUAAUCGACCAUCCAGUUCAGAAGACAUAGCCACCUAUAGUUGCCGUGCAUGGAAUUGUCAUGGUCGAACUAUUACAUCAAGUGUUUUAUCAAUGCAAGAUCACUUCGCUAAAUUCGAUUGUCCCUUGGAAAAACCGAAUAUGAAUGACAAUAUCGAUAUGGUAAAAAUUGAUUCAAUUCAAUCAACAGUAAGUACUUCUCAAAAUGUUCGUGAUUGUGGAUGUAUACAAAAUAGGAACAGUGAUUCACAUGACAGUAUCAGUGAAUUCAAACGAUUUGAACCGAAAUAUUCAAGUUCUAUCAUUGAAAUAUCUCCUGAAAGCCAAUCCAUUGAUGUUAAUAUGAAAACCUCUACUGUGAUAAAAACAACUAUUCAUAAAGAAAAUGAAACAACUGAAUCAUCUAGUAGAAAUAUUUCAGAAAUACUAAUGAAAAAAUCAUACGACAAUGACACCACAUCAAAUAUUUCUUCUGAUAUUGAUACCAAAAAUUACAAUACUGUUAAUAUUCCUUCAUCGAAACGACAAAUUAUCAAAAUAUCAGAAGUUACAUCGUUACAUGAAGAAAUUAAUAUGAUUAAACACAUUUCAGAAGAUAAUAUAUCACAAUCUAAUUAUAAUCAAUCUAGGCGAAGAAUAUCACUACAGUCACCUGGACCGACAAUUUUUAUUGAUCGACGACAUAGUAAAGGAAAUCGUAGAAGCAGUACAUCUUCAAAUAUUACUGAACUUUAA